UCUACAGCCAGGAGUCUAUUCAAAUUUCUAUUCUUUAUGUUCUCUCUGAUCGCGGCUGCGCUAGGAAGAAGAAUAUCUGAUCCUGGCGUGUCAAGAAUAAACGUUUUGGUUGAUUAGCUACAGUACAUACGUACUGUAACGACUUGGCGCGGACAAGGACUGCUGGAGGGGACGAAAAUGAUGCAUCAGCAAUCCAUGAUGGUUGGAGAUAUGAUACCUGUACACUCUGAAAUACCUGUGCAUAAUAAUGAUGACAUGAACAAUGUGGCGUUUGAGAACAACAGUUCUUACGCCUAUGACGACCUUUUUCCUGCCUUGCCUCACUCACAGCCACCUGUACAACGAAAUAUCCAACAAGUUUCCAAUAAACUGCGUGUUGGAUCGACUCUGCACACUCAGGUGUUCCAUGUACCUUAUGAAGAAAGAAAAUUAGAUAAUGCUAAUACUUUUGGAGAAGGUGAAUCAUUAAGGACCUGUCAAGCCAUUACCAAAGAUACCGGGGCUCAUAUUGAGAUUUCUACUAGUAAGGAUGGAAGUCUGACAUUCCUUAUUACUGGAAAACACAGUGCUGUACUCGAUGCUAGACGUCUUAUUUUAACUCACUUCCAACAACAGGCAAGCAAGCAAAUUACUAUUCCAAAAGAGCAUUACCGCUGGAUUUUAGGAAAACAAGGGCAAAAACUGAAGGAAUUAGAAAAAGUGACAGCUACUAAAAUUAGUGUACCUAGCAUUGCGGACAACAGUGAGAUUAUAACCAUAACUGGCACGAAGGAGGGCAUAGAAAAGGCAGAACAUGAAAUUAGAGUUUGCUCUGAAGAACAGUCGCGAAAAGCGUUGGAACGUAUUACCGUACCGAAGAUCUACCAUCCAUUCAUCCAAGGACCAUUUGGUGAACGUGCGGCUGCACUCAGCGCUGAAACAGGCGCGCGUAUUCAUAUCCCGCCUGCGUCUACACAGAGCGACGAAAUCGUUAUCGCUGGCGAAAAGACUGGUGUACUGGCCGCUAAAGCACAGAUUGAGCAGAUUUAUGAAGAGAUGUCCAAGAAAUGCUCAACAGUAAGAGUGGAAGUCCCAAAAUCGCAGCAUAAAUAUGUCAUUGGUGCCCGCGGAACAACAAUUCAGGAAAUAUUGAGAGAAACUGGUGUAUCUGUAGAAAUGCCACCUCCUAAUUCCCCUACAGGAACAAUUACCCUCCAUGGACCACAUAACAAGAUUGGAUUAGCGCUAUCUAAGGUGUGUGAAAAAGCCAAUUCUGUAAAAACCGCAACUGUUGAUGCACCGACAUGGAUCCAUAAGUAUAUUAUUGGCAAAAAUGGCUCUAACAUUAAGAAGAUUACACAAGAUUUUUCAAAGGUGCAUGUUGAUAUAACACAUUCAGAGGACAAAGUAAAAAUUGAUGGACCCCCAGAGGAAGUAGAACGUGCUCAGGUGGAAUUGGAUGAAUUUGUCAAAAAUUUACUUGCAACACUUACUUAUGUAGAGUUGUCCGUUGAUCCCAAGUUCUUUAAGCAUAUUAUUGGCAAGAGUGGAUCAAACAUUAACAGACUGAAGGAAGAGACUGGUGUAGUUAUAAAUAUUAUUGAAAAUGAAGGAACAAAUGUGAUUCGCAUAGAAGGUAGCCACCAAGGAGUUGCUGAUGCAGAAAGGGAAUUAAGAGAUAUGGUAAUGAAAUUGGAAAAAGAAAGGACAAAAGAGGUCUAUGUUGAUCAUAGGUACAUUAAAUCCUUGAUUGGGGUGAAAGGUGAAAAGAUAAGGGAAAUUCGCGAAAAAUUUGAUCGAGUACUUAUAUCACUGCCAGACCAGGGACAAAAAAGGAGCCCUAUUAAAUUAAGAGGACCACAGGAAGAUAUUGAAAAAUGUGAGAAAUUCUUACACAAAUUAAUGAAAGAAAUUGCAGAAUCAUCAUAUGUACAAGAAGUGCCCAUUUUCAAGCAGUUCCAUAAGUUUAUCAUUGGAAAAGGUGGUGCAAAUCUAAGGAAAAUUCGAGAUGAAACCCAGACUGUUAUUGAUCUGCCUGCUGAGGGUGAUGAUAGUGAUGUAAUUACAGUUAGAGGUAAACGGGAGAAUGUUGAAGAUGCUGUGAAGAGGAUACAACAAAUUCACAAUGAAAAAGCCAAUAUUGUAACUGAAGAAGUUACUAUUGCACCUAAAUACUAUAAUUCCUUGAUUGGUGCAGGUGGUAAACUUAUCCAUUCCAUUAUGGAGGAAUGUGGCGGUGUACUUAUUAAAUUCCCUCCAGCUGAGAGUGACAGUGACAAAGUAAUAAUCAGGGGACCUAUUGAAGAUGUUGAAAAAGCCAAACAACAAUUAUUAGCACAUGCUUCACAACGAGAACUUACUUCGCAUACGGCGACUGUGCGAGCGAAACCCGAACAUCAUAAAUUCCUUAUUGGAAAGAAUGGUGCUAACAUCAAAAAAAUUCGGGAACAAACUGGCGCCCGAAUCGUUUUCCCCACAGAAAAAGACGAAGAUAAGGAAGCCAUUUUCAUAAUUGGUCGCGAAGAUCAAGUCGAGGCAGCACGCAAACAGCUGGAAACAGCAGUUGCAGACAUUAGCAAUGUGUCUGAAGGCGAGAUGUCUGUGGACCCUCGCCAUCACCGCCACUUUGUGGCUAGACGAGGGGAAGUGCUUAGGCGUAUCGCUGACGAGUGUGGUGGUGUGCAAAUAUCAUUCCCGCGCCAAGGAGUGGCCAGUGACCGUGUUGUACUCAAGGGUCCUAAGGAAUGUAUCGAAGCAGCUAAGAUCCGAAUCAACGAAAUUAUUGAAGACUUGGAAGCGAAGGUUACAAUUGAGUGCAUUAUUCCACAAAAACAUCAUCGAACAGUAAUGGGCGCGUCUGGUGCUAAAGUAAAGGACAUUACUGCGGAAUUUGAUGUGCAAAUUAAGUUCCCAGACCGAGACCCAACUAAGGGUGCUGACAUUCCAGUGAGAAAUGAUGAAAGCUCUGAGCCUGGACCUAAUGACAUUAUUAAAAUAACAGGUCGCCCCAAGAACUGCGAAGAUGCCAAAAAAGCUCUGCUUGAUCAGGUUCCAAUUACCAUUGAUGUGGAAGUGCCAAAUGACUUGCAUAGACUGCUAGCUGGUCAGAAGAGGAGAGACCUAAUGCAGACAUAUGAUGUACAUAUCUUGAUGCCGCCUAACGAUGAAAUCACUGAUAUUGUCAAGGUAACUGGCACACCAACAAAUGUUGAAAAAGCCAAACAAGCUCUUACUGAGAAAAUUGUGGAAAUGGAACAAGAGAAAGAAGACCGAUUACUCAGAUCUUUCGAGUUGAAAUUCGAGGUUGACCCUGAAUACCAUCCCCUUGUGAUUGGUAAGGGUGGGUCAGUGAUUUCAAAGAUUCGUGCUGACUUUGGAGUACAAAUUAAUUUGCCAAAGCGCUGGGAACCCGACGCAAAUAUUAUUACCAUACAGGGAUAUGAGGAUAAGGCUAUACAAGCUAAAGAAGCUAUUAUGGCUAUUGUCCAUCAACUGGAUAACCAAUAUAAGGAGGAGGUAGAAAUUGAUCCUCGCGUUCAUAGACGACUUAUUGGUAUGAAAGGCAAAAAUAUUCGUCGUAUUAUGGAUGAUUUCAAAGUUGACAUUCGUUUCCCGAAGCAGGGCGACGACAACAUUGUCAUAAUAGCUGGAGAAGAGAGCAAUGUUCUUGAUGCUAAAGAUCAUCUAUUGAUUUUAGCAGAGGAGUAUUUGCAAGACGUAGAGGACCGCUACCAGCGCCCAGCGGCUCCGUCGCUCGCAGACUUCGGUGAGGUACUGAGCGGAGAGAGCGCGAGCAACGCCCCGCCGUCCACCGGCUUCGUGGUUAAGGGGGGGCCCUGGGAGCAACGCGCGCCUGACACGGCGUCCACGCACGAGUUUCCCACCAUGCCGGGGGGUCCCCGCGCCGCCAACCCGCCCGCCAGCGCGCCGCCCGCCUGGGGCCCGAGACGUUAAAACAGACCGAGACGAGCCGUCCGUUACCGUAGCCCGACCUCUUACCGCGCCUAUCAUACGGUUCAUACGGUCUUUCAUUGGGUUGGUUUAUUACUAGUCAAGACUCGACCGCUGACGUAAAUUACGUUAACGAUAUUGUACCUAUCCACUUCAGUAAUAUACGUUGCUUUUUCAAGGUACCUUCAUAUAGAAAGAUAUUAAGAGUCGUGACUUAGUCAGAAAUUGUGUGUCAAAUGCUUAUAUAUAUUUGUCUUUGUUAAUGUGUCUUGAUAUCUUAAUUACUCUUGCUAUUAUUGAUUCUGUUUUUGCAUAACUUUUGUAUAUCAAUCCUUGUGUUUGUUUUUAAUACUCGUUCACUCCUCACUAUUAUUUGUUUACUGGUGAUAGACGUACAUCAUAUUUUCUUAAGAGGCUGGGUUACGGUCGCGAAUGCGAAAUUCGACGAUUCAGUGUCGAGUUCAUAAUGGGCCUUAUGUCUUCCCGCCCACACAAGCUCUGUACACACGUUAGCCUGUUAAAGCAAAAAUAUAAGAGACUGAUUGUGUUUAGAGGAACCAUCCAUUUUUAUGGUCUCUGUUUAACAAAGAAUGACCUAACUAUCGUAUUUCAUCAAGAUAAAGUACAGGAUGACGUGUGUAAACAGCUUGAAACGCUAUGGUCCUUUGAUCAAGCCUAAUAUACAUAUAUGAUAUAACAUACAAUUUUAUAAACUCACUUUAUUGCGUAACUGUUUAAUUCUUAUCUUUAAAUGAUAAUAAUGAUCAUAGUUAUCUGUUAUUGUUUUUUACGUUCCAUAAUAACUCUUCUCAAUAUUACGCCUUGUUCUGUGUUCAAAUGUCACUAUUUCAGCACGAUUCAAAUCUAAAAUGCUAUGUCUAAUAGAUUGUUUUCUGUGCCGAAUUAAGCCAUACCCCGUUGUAUUUUGUUUUAUGUUUAGUUAAAAUAUAGAUGUAAUUUGUGAUUUUAUAAUAUAUGCCAUUAUUGGAGAUGUUUAUCAUGAUGGUUUGAUUGAUGCAUAUGCAUAAUAAAUAUUUUAAUAUAUUAUGAAGUAUAUGAUAAUGUUAUAUUUAAUAUUAAGUCCAUCAAUAAAUAUUAAUGUGGUUAAAUAUCAAAAUUAUUUUCAUGAUCCAAAUGAUACUUGCUUGUGUUCAAGGAAUCCAAGAUAUCUUGUACUCAUGGCCCAUGACUUAAAAUUUUAUAAAUGAAUUAAUCUUAAUGUGAUGUGGAAUAUUCAUAAUAUAUUUAACCACAUUAUGUACACGAUAUUUGUCAUGUACUUAUUGGGCGAAGUAAAUGUAAUGGAAAAAAUUUCAUAUAUCAUGUUUUUUAUGUUUUUAGAGCAUUGCCUAAUACAAUGGAUUGAAUAAAUCAUAAGACAAGAAUUAAUAUUUUUACAAAGUAAUUUGUACAUAGUUAAUAGUGUUUGAAAUAUUAAUAAAAACUUUUACAUAAAUAU